AUUUUCCAACGUUAUAAUGGUGGAGUCAUUCAUUUGUGUUGAUUUGAAUGAGUUUUUGACUUGAGAUACUCAAACUACAAAGUGUAGGGCACAGAUUUGACAUUAGGGGGGGUCUUUGUCUUUGAGGUCACACUCUCCUUAAUCAAAAGUCAAUCCCUAUUCCAAUCAAAAGGAUUAGGCAGCACACAUUGCAAAUAGAAAAUGAUAAAACAUGUAAAAGCCUUUGAGAUGAUUUAUUCAGUAUUGGUCAAUGACCAAGUCCAUUUGAACCUGUAACGUAGCAGAACCAGGGCUGCUUCUAAAUCGGUUCUAUCAACCAACAUUUUGUGUCUUUUAUCCAAUUUUAUGAUUUUAGAUUCAUGCAUAUUGAAUCGAUGCACCAAUAAAGACUUAGCAGAAAGGUGAUUUCCACUAUGGGGAUAAUACAACUCAAAGUUCAUAAAAGCGGUUUGAUGUGCAGGCAUUCAUUGAGGGGAGGGUCGUUUGAAUUUAAAUCAUUUUGCACAACUUCGGGUGCAAUAACGCUGCUCGGCCCGGCGCGGUCUGCCACAGCGGGUCACCGGGUCACCGGGUCGGCUUCAUAUUAAAGAGUAAAGCGGCCGAGGACCAACUAAAACAUCCCAGCGGCAACAAGUUGUCCCUAUCGCGGCCUGGGGGCGCCCUCCAGCGGACGCAUCCAGCGGACGCAUCUAGUGGACACAUCCAGCGGCCCCUCCGGCCGCCAUCUGCCGCCCGGCUCUCUCCGCCGAUGGUUUGUUUGGGUGGGUUUCGGUUUUUUCCUCCCCGCUCUUUGGCUUCGGUGUUUUGUGCCUGCGUGUUAGUGAGACGUCUGCAGCGGCAGCAUGUCGCGGGGAUCGAGAGUGCGCUCGGACGGCGACGCGGCGCCGUGGCCUCUCCUCCGCGGGGACGCACUGGGCGCGCAGCGCGCACGGCCCGCGCGCCGCAGAGACACGUCGGACAGCGGAGAAGAAGAGUUCUCCGAGAACGCAGUGGGGGGGUGUUUCUGCGCUUUUAAAAAGGGGUCACUUUGGUCUGAGCUGUGAAAAAAAGCAUCAAACCCCCUCAGGCCCCCCAUCAUCGGCUCACACACCAAUACUGCAGUAUGGGUAACUUUUCCAGCAAGGACAGCCAUGGACCCACAGUUGGGGAUAGUUUCCACACUCCUCCUGCCUCUCCACAGACUGAUGGGCCUCCUUCCCUGCCCGGUGUCCCCUCUUUCCUUCAAACUACUCCCCCUCGCCCUACCGCCGGGGCGCCGGUUUCAUCGCCACCUCCCGUCCCAGUCCCCCCAUCCGGCGGGAAGAAAGCCCAGCCGAGCGCCAACGCCACCACUACCGCCCGCGGUGCCGCUGCUGAUUGGAGGCCUCAUCCACCGGUCGGCUCAAACAGCUUCACUCUUGGCCCCGGAGUCAGCCCCCUCCACGACAAGUCAGGGAGCACUGUGGGUAAAGGACAAGAUGCUCUGGGGAGGAACGGGGGUCCUCCUACUUCCACCCCGCGACCUCUGGCCUCCCAGGGGCGGGCCGUGGCCGUCGGCGCCACAAAGGGCCCCGCCUCUCCGCGUAGCGCCUCACCUGUGGUGGGCGGCUCUUCGGGGCCGAACUGGAAGGAAAGGGACAGCGGUCGGAGUCAGUCUUUACAGGGGGGUCACGAAGGUGGGGACGGCCAGGGCGAGGCGCUGGAGAAGCUGCUGGAAGAGUGUAGGUCAACACUGGGUGUCACUGCCAGUCAGGACGGGGCCAAAAACACUGCAGAGGUACUAAAGCAUCUACUGACAGAAGUGAAGAGUUUGAGGAGUACUUUACAGACAGAGCGUGGCGACUGGCUGCAGUUCCAGGCUGACCUGCAGGUGGCGGUGGCGGUGGCGGACCGCCUGAGGGCCGAGGCCGAGGAGGAGCUUGCGUCGCUGCGCUCGGCGCACGAGGACGUGGAGCGGGAGCUGGCCGCUUCCCGGCAGAGACAGGAGGAGGCCGAUACGCACCUGGUGGCCCUGAGAGGGGAGCUGAAGCAGAGCAGGCAGAGGCUGGCUGCUGUCGCCCAGGCUCCGCGUCAGGAACCAGAGAGGCCCAACGGAGAAGCAACCGAGGACCCUGAGAGCAACCGAGGGACCCCCAGGGGCCGGGAGAGGGGGCCGUGCAGGCCGGGGAGGGGAGGGGCCGGGGGCAGGAGUCAGGACGGGCCGACGAGGAGUGUCGAGGACGCCAGAGCGGACUGCAAAGGUGUGACCCAGCGUUACCUGAGGAACGUGACCAAAAAGGACGGAGAGGAGGCUCGAAGGACAGCCACCACAGAGAGGUCACGAAGCCUUUCCAGACUACCUGCUUCCUCGGGCUCCCCCACCAUGCAGAAUGGAACCUUCCAGCCCCAUUCGGCCUCAACCGUUGGCCUGACAAACAAGAACUCGGGGCAACUGAGAGGCCGAAGAAGUCUGGAUUGGCAAGACAGCCGGUCGAGUAGUGAAACCGGAAAACGUGAGGGGUCUCUAAACAAGCACAACGCUACCCUCACUGAGCUGCCUCCCACCAAGUCCCAGGAUGGUUUCAACCUGCUGCUGCGCCGCCACGGAGGCUCAAAGAGAAACUCUCUUCUCCGCUGGUGUCAGAGCCGAACCCACGGCUACGAGAAUAUCGACAUCACCAUCAGCAGCAGCUGGGCCGACGGUCUGGCCUUCUGCGCCGUGUUCCACACCUACCUCCCCUCACACGUCCCUUACGCCGCGCUCACGCCGGAGAACAAGAGGGAGAACCUCAGCCUGGCGUUCAAAACGGGAGAGGCCGUUGGGAUUGAACAAAUCCUGACGUUAGAGGAGAUGCUGAGAGCAGGAGGUCCUGAUUGGCAAAGGGUCCUGAGCUACGUGGAGAACAUCUACCGUCACUUUGAGAUGUGACAACCCGCAGCGGACCCUGAAGGACAGAAACCAUAUUAGUUGAGAUGGUUCCCUGAAAACUAUUAAAUGCCUUUUCUUGUGUCGGGAAACUUGACGAAAGACUUGAUGUCAAAACAUAAAAGUAUUUCAAAUGUGCUACUGUGGACCGAAGUCCCCUCUGCUUGUAAAACGCUUCAGAAAAUGUCCUCCGACCAGCAGUGACAUGUUAUCCUUGUCCCAUUCAUUUUUAUAUUUUUCGUACACUCAGUCUGCUGCCAUUUGAUUUAUAGAUCAGAAUCUAGACAAAGUGGAAGUAGAUAAUCUGACCAAUUGAGACUGAUAAUAAAAUACAUUUUACAUAUGAUUGACCAUCAUAUAGAUUAAGAAUAUGGGGGCCUUUUUUUAUAGGGAAGAUAUAUGUAUAGUCUUCACACUGGCCAAAAUUACUGUAUGUCCUUUUAUCAAAUCUGUAGGAAGUCCUUAAACUGCCAAUGUGUGAUUUGCCUUUUAAGCUCGCCUGUGACACUCUGCAGAGAUUAUACUUCUUCCUAGACUUUUUUAGCACUCUGUAAAUAUGCACUUUUGCAAACACCUUGUUGGUGUACGAAUGUAUUGAUGUACAGUACAGAUGUUACACAACCGCUGCCUUCCACGGGCUCGGUAUGGUGUUAGAAAAGGCCGCAGUCAGAGGAUCCGUCGGGUUCAGAUUUCUCUGAACACUACGUGCGUUUUCUCACAGCGAACGCAGUGACUGAAUGGCAAUGACCAAAACAAAACAAAAAAGUGCCUGCAUGUUAACAAAGGUGCGAGUUGCAUUACAGGAGUGACGUAAGCGAAAGUACCAGCCAGCAUCAGCUCAGGUGACACCUGCAUCCUCACAGAUGCACGGAAGCGUUCUGUCGUGUCACACUGCUGCCAAGAAACGGGAUAACAAGUUUCAGCAAAUGCAACGCGGGAGUUUGUGGCCAAAGUACCAACACUUUAAAACAUGUCUAUAUGUAUGUAGAGUGAAAAUACCAAAGAAAUAAAAUGUUAAUAUGAAGUAAA